UCUCCUCGUCGAUUGCGUUGUUCUUACCAAGCACAUUCGCAUCAUCCAUUGUGUACGUCCUCGUCUCUUAUCAUGGGUGCCACGCAGUCCAUUCCAGUUGUCGGAGAGGUUGUCACAGUCGUGGACGCAGCAAGUCGCACCGUCGCAGCCGGCGCUUUGGCAGCAGCGGGGCAGUCUGACGCAGCCAAAAAGAUGAUUGACAGUGCUGGCGAGACCUUUGUCACCUACUCCGAACGCAGCGUAAUCACCAGCAACAUUCGACGCGCCUUAUCCGACGAUCAGGAAAGUGAAAGACUACUCAAUAUGCAAAAGGAUGCAUGGACGACACUCGGGGAGAACACGCCGGUGGUUGGUCACGUUGUGGGUGUUGUUCGGUACGCGCAAGGGGAUACCGAAGGUGGGACCCGGUGCAUGCUCAAUGCAACACGAACAACCGCUAUCGUUGGGGCGACUGCUGUCAGUGGCGGAAGUGCGCUCAUUGUGGGAGGCGCUGCUGUUGGAGCAGCGUUGGCGUACGAUGGUAUUGCCACGGGGGUGCAGUCUGGCAUAACGGGUGACUUUAAACCGGUUGGCCUCAUGGAUGGCAUCACAAACGCAGCAAAAUCUUGAGCAUGACGUCGGAACCCUGCAACAUGCGGCUCUUUCGAGGCCUAAUAGUGGUCACACUCCAGCUUGCGAUUAUGAGCAUGUCUCUCGAACGUUGUUCCAGUGCCGAAUU